AUUAUUCCUUAUCGUAUAUAUACUUUCUCCCCUUUUCUAAAGAACCAUUUCGAAUCCGCGCUUCUCUCUUUUCUUCCACAUUCGACCGUUUUUCGAAUCAGGGAUUCUAUCUCUUCGAAGGCUUCAGGUGUGUGGAAGAAAAGACGGAUUUAUGUCCUUCAAUCAAUCCAGGGCAGAUAAAAGUGACGGCCAGCAGCUGAGGAAGAGUGGUCGUUCCGGCAACUACGGCCAGCACAGGGGAUAUUCCGGCGGCGGCCGCGGGAAGGCCGGGGGCUUCGCCCCUCGUCCCCAGCUCUCCUAUUCCUCCUCUUUUCCCUCUGCUUCAUCGAGCCACCCGCCCCUCUCGACGAAUCGGAGUUUCAAGAAGCCUGGAAAUGGACAAGGAGGUUCAUCUACGGCAAACCCCUCGAGUUCGAGUCCGGAGGCGAGUGUUACCGCUGCCGCUGCAGCUCCUGUUCCUACGCGGGCGGUGCAGAAUGGAUUAUCUGAUUCACCAGUGCCAAGUGCUGCAAAACCUGUGGAUGCGCCCAUCCCGAGAAACUCUCAAGCCCACCACCCAAGGGCUCCAAUUUCUCAGUCUGCUGCAGGAGCUUCAGAUUCGGCAGACCUUGCAACUCCAGCUAAAGGCAAUGAAACCGAGACAUAUACUCUUCAAUUUGGGUCUAUAAGUCCUGCUCUCAUAGAUGGCAUUGAGAUUCCCACUCGGACUACCUCAGCUCCACCUAAUCUGGAUGAGCAGAAGCAGGACCAGGCUUGCCAUGGUUCAUUCAGGAUGAUGCCGAACAUGCCUAUACACUCUGGAUUGCAGUAUCCGCAGCAACCUAAGAAGGAUAGAAGUGGUGCUAACCAAUCAAAUACUGGAGAAUCUCACCCUCCUGCCCAGGUAAAGCAGGAUGUGUACUCACAAAUUUCAGCUGCCCCUGCUGUACCACUACCCAAUUCUUCUGUUCUUCCUAUAGCUGGAAUAUCCAUUCCAGUGGCCUUUCAACGGCCACAGCUUCCCUUGCAAUUUGGUGCCUCCAGUCGUCAGAUGCAGUCACAGGGUGUGGCAGCAAGCUCACUGCAAAUGCCAAUGACACUGCCUGUUGGAAAUGUCUCUCAAGUACCGCAACAGAUGUUUCUCCAGGGUCUCCAGUCUCAUCCUCUGCAGCCGCAUAUGAUGAUGCACCAGGGACAUGGCUUGGGCUUUGCACCUCAAAUGGGUCAUCAGCUUCCGCCUCAGUUAGGAAGCAUGGGAAUUGGUAUUGCCACCCCACAAUUUGCCCAAAAGCGGCCUGGAAAUUUUGGUUCUCCUCGCAAGACCACCAUAAAGAUAACUCACCCAGAGACCCAUGAGGAGCUGAGACUUGGCAAAAGGAUGGAUUUAUAUACAGAUGGUGGUUCUCCGGGGCAAAGGCCCCACCCUAAUGUACCAUCUCAAUCUCAACAAGGUCCAUCUUUUACUCCACAUUACUAUCCUCCAUUGCAAUCCAAUGCUCAUAAGCCAUCACAGAUGUUCUUCCCUACCUCAACUUCUCUUCCUUUGACAAGCAGCCAGAUGCCUUCUGGUUCACAGGCACCAAGAUAUAGCUAUUCAGUUGACGAUAGUGGCCAAGCCAUUUCAUUCAUGAAUCCUUCUGUCCUUAAGCCCAUGCCUGGCAGCAAACCUGGGCCUCCUUUGCAUAGUCUAUCUGAACCUGUCUCUGCUCCAUCAGCUCCAGCUCAGGAGAUGGUGAAGCCGGUUGUUGGUUUGCAUGGGAAUAAUGCUGGUACAGCUGUAGUGACAGUUAGCGUGCCCACAAGCAAUGCCGAAGCACCUAGCAUAUUAAAGCCUUCUGGAAAAACCACAGUUUGUCAUCAAAAUGACAGUAAAAUCAGUCCAGAAAGUUCUGUUCAGCAGCCCAAAUCAGCUACUCAGCCAUUGGAAAUCUCAGAGGCUGCAUCCUCAUCAGUUCUUGUUGCCCAUCAUGGGGAUUCUGGACCUAUUGAUGCAGGAAUUGAUGGCAGAAGAAAAGAACCUAUUCGAAGAUCGGACUCAUUGAAGGAUCACCAGAAAAGGCUCAGCAAGAAGGAUCCCAGACACUCGCCACACCAGCAACAGGCAGAUACAUCUGAUUCUGCAGGUAGGGUGAACUUGUCUUCAUUUAGUCAUGGUGCUUCUGGAGAUGUAACAACAAGGCAACUAUCUAGACUUUCUGAGAAAGUUCAGGAAUUUUCCAGGGCUGAUAUGCCAACCACUACCACUAGUUUUUCUUCACUUGGUUUAGAACAAAGUAGUUCUACUGAAGUCAGAACUUCGAAAGCUGUUGAAAGCCAAAUAGUCCCUACUGAAUCAGAAGCAUCUGGAGUUAUUUUGGUGAAGGAAAUUGCACAAGAUGUUUGUCUGAGAGCUGACAGUGUACCUCUAGUUAAAGAGAGAGGUUCUUCUGAGACAUCAGUUUCUACAGGUCUUGAGAUGGAUGAAACUGUAACCAAGAAUUCCUAUCCUACUUUUAGUCGGGAAAAUUCUAUCUUGUUAAAUGUCGAACUGGGACAAGACACAGUGGCAAAGAAGGAAAAUCAUAAAACUGGAAUAUUUGGUGAUUCCUUAAGGGAUGCUGGUAAUUCCAAACUGUAUCCAAUGUCUGCUAUUACUGAAUGUGUUCAAGGUGCAGAACCAGUUGAGUUGGUUGAGCAAGAUGGGGCCGGAGGAGAUAUUUUAGAAAGUCCAAAUGCCUGUGAGUCUUAUGAUGCCGAAAGGCAACAGUCUGGUUCUUAUGUUGAAGCAGUGGAGCUAAGCUUUUUGAUUGAGAAGACACCUGAGGAAUUAGGCAUCUCUGCUGGUACAUCUUCAGAUUUCAUAGAAGCUGAAGUGGUUCCUUCAAGUCCUCUUUCAUCCGUAAAUGUUGAAGAAAAAAAGUUUUCCACUUCAGAUGUCAUCACAGAUAUAAGUGAAGCAUUACACUGCCAUGAUGAUGGCUUGAGUGGAUCUGAGGCCUCACAUCUGGAGACAGCUGCUGUUUCAGCCCCUGUUACUUCUAAAGUGACAGAAAAACUGGAAGGAAAUGUUACAAAGCUUUCUAGUGAGGAUCCAGUUUCUGUUUUGUCAUCUAGGCCCAAGGACAAGCCUUCUUUGGAGCCUCCCAGGGGUAAGCCGUCUUCAGGAAAAAAGAAGAAGAAGAGGGAAAUUUAUUUGAAGGCUGAUGCUGCGGGAACUUCUGAUCUUUACAAUGCGUACAAGGGUCCUGAGGAAAAACAUGAAAUUACCUGCAUCUCAGAAAGUGUUGAUAGUUCUGCAGUAGUGGAUGGAAAACAUGUGACUUCAGAUACUGAUAAGGAUGUUGUGGCUAGUGAGGGAGAUGGACAGAGCACAGUUGAGGUAGAUGAUUGGGAAGAUGCAGCUGAUAUCUCCACUCCAAAAUUGAGAAUAUCAGAGGAUGGACAGCAAGCAAGUCAAGCAAAGAAUGAUUGUGGAAAUGAAACUAUGAGGAGAAAGUAUUCCAGGGAUUUUCUAUUGACCUUUUCUGAGCAGUGUACUGUUCUUCCUGCAGGGUUUGACGUUAUAUCUGAUAUAGCUGAUGCUUUGAUGAGUGUUUCGGUUGGUGCUUCCUAUAUUGUUGAUCACGAACCCUACCCAAGUCCUGGAAGGAUUACUGAUAGAUCUCCUGGAGCUUCUCGGGCAGAUCACCGGAUGUUUGGCAUUCUUGAUGAUGAUAGAUGGAUGAAAGCAUCUAUUUCUUUUGCUUCUGCACGUGACCUUCAGCCAGAGAUUGGUCGUGGAGCAUAUAUUAUGAACUUGCGUCCAGGACAAGGAGUUAACCAUGGGGUUUUAAGACAUCCACGUGGGCAGUCAUCUAGUCAGUUUGCUGGAGGGAUUCUUUCUGGGUCAAUGCAGUCACUGGCAUCUCAGGGAGGGAUACCACGUAAUGGUGCUGAUGCAGACAGGUGGCAGCACGGCACUCAUAGAGGGUUAAUUCCUUCUCCUCAAACACCUGCACAAGUAAUGCACAAAGCUCAGAAUAGAUAUUUAGUCAGUAAGGUGACUGACGAGGAAGAGGCAAAGCAAAGACAACUGAAAGCCAUACUGAAUAAGUUGACGCCUCAGAAUUUUGAGAAGCUAUUUCAGCAAGUCAAGGAGGUUAAUAUUGACAAUGCUGUUACUCUUACUGGUGUAAUCUCGCAGAUUUUUGACAAAGCUUUGAUGGAGCCGACUUUCUGUGAGAUGUAUGCUGAUUUCUGUUACCAUCUUGCUAGUGAAUUACCUGAUUUCACAGAGGGCAAUGAAAAAAUUACCUUUAAAAGGUUGCUUCUGAACAAGUGCCAAGAGGAAUUUGAAAGAGGGGAGAGAGAGCAAGCUGAGGCUAAUAAAGCCAAAGAGGAAGGUGAGACUGAACAAUCUGAAGUGAGAAGAGAGGAGAAAAGGAUCCAGGCACGGAGGCGUAUGCUGGGAAAUAUCCGGUUAAUUGGGGAAUUGUACAAGAAAAGGAUGUUGACAGAGAGAAUUAUGCAUGAAUGCAUCAAGAAGCUGCUUGGACAGUAUCAGAAUCCUGACGAGGAAGACAUUGAAGCUUUGUGCAAGCUGAUGAGUACAAUAGGUGAGAUAAUAGACCAUCCCAAGGCCAAGGAACAUAUGGAUGCGUAUUUUGACAUGAUGGCAAAACUAUCAAAAAAUCAGAAGCUAUCAUCUCGGGUUAGGUUCAUGCUGAAGGAUGCAAUUGAUCUGAGAAAGAAUAAGUGGCAACAAAGGAGGAAAAUUGAAGGCCCGAAGAAAAUUGAAGAGGUGCAUAGAGAUGCAGCUCAGGAGCGACAGGCUCAAGCAAGUAGAUCAGCUCGUGGUUCUGGUAUUUCUGUCUCAAGAAGAGGACCACCUGCUGAUUAUGGUGCACGGGGAUCCACUAUAUUGCCUUCUCCAAGCUCCCAGAUUGGUAGCAUACGCAACUUAUCACCUCCGGUCCAUGGGUAUGGGACUCAAGAUGUUCGAUUAGAGGAUAGACGUCCAUUUGAAAGUAAAACAUUGUCACUUCCCCUUCCUCAAAGACCUACUGAUGAUGAUUCAAUUACCCUUGGCCCACAAGGUGGUCUUGCUAGGGGUAUGUCUGUUCGAGCUCAGUCUUCGAUGUCAAGUGCUCCUUUGGCUGAUAUUUCUCCAAGUGGUGGUGACAAUUGUAUAAUGCCAUCUGGUCCAAAUGGCCACAGCGUGACACUUGAUAGAAUACCUUAUAGCUCAAAAGAAGAAAUAGUGCCAAAAUAUAUGCCAGAUAGGUUCUCUGGAGCACCCCAUGAUCAACUGAAUCCUCAAGAUCGUAAUACUUAUUUAGGGAGCAGGAACAAGAUUGCAGAUUGUUCUUUUGAACAAUCUGCAGCAACCAUCCUUCCUGCUGGUCAUGUGCAGGGAUCUUUAAGUGGCAGUGCGGGUGCACCUUCUAAAGCAAAACCAUUGUCCGAAGACGUUUUGCAAGAGAAAUCAAUAUCAGCAAUAAGGGAAUUCUAUAGUGCCAGGGAUGAGAAGGAGGUAUCUUUGUGCAUCAAAGAGCUGAAUUGUCCAGACUUCUAUCCUGCCAUGAUAUCAUCCUGGGUCACAGACUCCUUUGAGCGGAAAGACAUGGAGAGGGAUCUCUUGGCUACACUUCUCGUCAACCUUUGCAAGUCUCAAGAUAGCUUGCUUAGUCAAGUACAGCUCAUCCUGGGGUUUGAAUCAGUUCUCUCCUUACUGGAGGAUGCUGUAAAUGAUGCUCCCAGAGCAGCUGAGUUUCUUGGUCGCAUCUUUGCUAAAGUUAUAUUGGAAAAUGUGGUUCCACUCAGAGAUAUAGGAAAAUUAAUCCAGGAAAGUGGAGAAGAGCCCAGGCGCUUAUUGGAGCUCGGGCUUGCAUCUGAGGUCCUUGGUAGCAUCCUUGAAGUUAUCAAAAUGGAGAAAGGAGAUGCUGUUCUGAAUGAGAUCCGUGUGAGCUCCAAUCUUCGAUUGGAGGAUUUCAGACCGCUGCAUCCAAUCAAGGCAAAGAAACUGGAUGCAUUCCUUUAGAGAUGUCUGGUUAGAUUAUUAUGUUUAGGCCUUAUAGGGUACUUCUGCAAAAAUGCUUGUCCGGUUCUUUAUUGCGUAUUGUUAUUUUAUUUUUUAUUUUCGAAUGCCUUAUUGAGUUCACAUCUGUCCUUGGAAAUAGAGCAUUAUUCAAGAAGCUUGUUACAAGCAUAAGCCGGCAAUUGUCUCUUAUUGAUGGAAAGAGAGUGGAGAAGAGUUCCUUUAGCAGGCUGUCUAUCUCUUAUUGAUGAAGGACAACGUGGAGACGGUUUUGUUCAAGGACCUUUCUUUCUGUUAAAAAAAAGGAAGGAGCGACCAACCCUCAUCCAGUUUAUUAAGUAAUAAAUUAAAAGUAGUAUGGGCAGGACUUGAAAAUAGGUCCCAGGUACCAUGACUUCCAGUGUCUUUACAACCUGAACCAACUUGCAUCUAAAUACAUUUAGAUCCAUUUUUUAUGCAAAUGUAUAUAGAUAUGGUUAUAAAUUUUCAUAUUUGACUAAUAUAUGUAUCCAUAUUUAUAUGUCAAAAGAAAACAAUCGUAUAUGUGUGGAUACAGGAUAAACAAAUAUCUGAUCUGUAUCCGAAUAUCCAAAUAUGUUUGCAAUCCUCUUUAUUCUUAUGUAUCUCUCAAACUCUAAAGUAAUGUAGUGACAUUAUCAAUGCCUCUAUUAA